UUGGAGCAGGAGGAAAUGGCGGAAUCAAUCCCGUUCGUCGAUCGUUUAUUUACAUAUUUACACAUUUUCUCGCAUUCUCUGCAAUCUUUCGUGUACCAAAAUUGGUUACUGUUCAUUCCACCUGUCCAGGUUACCGGCUCGACGUGCGACGUCCUGGAGAAUGCACUGACGCGGUACGCCCGCGUUCUGCAGCGCGAGGCGGCCGUGGGGCGGGCCCUGGCGCGCCAGGAGCAGCGCGCCGGCCGCCGGCUGCGCGGCUGGAGGAACGACCCCUUCUUCGGUGGCUACAUUACCAGCCUGCGCGUCGAGGUGUCCGCCUGCGAGCGCUGGCCCUACCCGAGCAUGGACGAGUCAUACAAGUUGCUGGUGGACGUGGACGAGGACGCCCCCGACCGCGCGCCGACCGGCAGACUGACGGCGCGCAGCUCCUGGGGCGCGCUCCGCGGCCUCGAGACCUUCGCGCAGCUGCUCAGCCCCAGCGGCGACGGCUCCUCUCUGUUACUGAACGCCACCCUGGUGACGGACGCCCCUCGCUUCCCGCACCGCGGCCUCCUCAUCGACACCUCGCGCCACUUCCUGCCGGUCGAGGACAUCAAGAUCGAGCUGGACGCCAUGGAGGCCGUCAAGAUGAACGUGCUGCACUGGCACAUUGUCGACGACCAGUCCUUCCCCUGGCAGAGCUCUCUGUUCCCGGAGCUGAGCGCGAAGGGCGCCUACCACCCGAGCCUCACCUACUCGCCGAAGGACGUCCUCGACGUGAUCCAGUACGCACGCCUCAGAGGGAUCCGCGUUAUGCCCGAGUUCGACACGCCAGGUCACACUCGGUCGUGGGGCGAGGGUCGUCCCGGGCUCCUCGCAGCAUGCCAUGACUUUCUGGGGCGGCCUGACGGCACCUACGCCAACAUUGACCCCACAAAGCCCGAGAACCUGGACUUCUUGAAGCAGCUGUUCGGAGAAGUGGCCGCCACUUUCCCGGACCCCAUGCUACACCUGGGAGGCGACGAAGUGCCAGACUUCUGCUGGUAAGUAACACAAGGUGAGGGGCUUUGGAAAA